AUGGCACUCUUUGACCAGUCGGAGCUGCCAGCUUUCCUGCAAUCCCAUGGGGUGCAUGAGGUUAUCUGCAACGGACUCGCCCUGAAGGGGCUCGAGACAGUCGAGGACCUCGCUUUCGCCUACCCGGACCUCGCAAGUUUUGAUACCUUUUUGCAGGGCCUAUCCGAGUCGGACCUUAGUGAUAUGGGGGUCUCGGAUGCGCUACAUUCAGUCCAGGCGGCUCGAGCCAGGAAAGCCUUGCGGUCAGCCCACAGGGCACAGGAAGGGCCCCUGCCUUCGCCUUCAAAGCCGGAUAGCCCAUCAAAGUCAGAGUCCUGGCCCUCCAAUUGGGUCUUGAAAGCCAAGGGUAAGGUACUCUGCAAGCGCUACCAGAGGAAUCUCUGCGCCCUGCCUAAUUGCAAGUUUGCCCACCUCUGCGCCGUGCGGGGAUGUGCCAAGGAGCAUUGUGCCAUAGACCACGAUAAGAAAGAAACAGCCCCGCCCACGCCGCCUUUUGCGCCCUCAGACAGGCCCACGCCACCGGAGGAGGGCCAGGCGCCUGGCGAUCAGCCUCAGCCGCCAAUGGGGAUCACGUGUCUCCGACACGCCCAGGACGCCGACGUCUGCGCCAUAGACCUCUCCUUGGAAGACCCUCAGCACAUGCCUGACCUACUUCUCCAAGCCAUCUGGGCACGGGUGGUUCUGGGGGUUCUCGCGGACUUGAGCUCCUUAGCGCCACACGUGGAAGAAGCAUGCGCAUUCUUGCAAGCUAUCCGGUCAUCAGGGGCAUCAGCCAUUUUGUUUCUGCCAGCGGACCACUUCCUUUUUCAAGCCUCACCCUUUUCAGAAGCCCUACACGAUGGAGGACUCUUCCUCUGCCCGGAGCCCGCCUCGGACAGAAUAAUCAUCUUUACAGCCCCCCUGCCCACUUGGCCGUGCGCGGAUAUAGGUCUGGCGGCCUUGGAAGCAGCUGGCAUGUUGAUUCGCGGCUCUUCCGCUCCCCCGGGAGAGCUAGUGCACAACAGAGCCCCCAUCUGCGAUGGGGCAGGCAACGCCAGCUCAGCAGACUGGAGUAAACCCAAGCCCAGCCCUACUGCCAUGCAGAACAUCAUGAAAGCCUGGCUCGAGUGGGCAUCCAAACGGGACUUGCCCAAGCAAAUCUUCGCCCACCUUUCGCUAAGCAAGCCAGAUCACCCGAUCUGCCUCGACGACCAGCUUGAGCUUAUCCGGCUAGCGUGCGACGUCAUGGAUUGGGACUACGAUUCCAGGACACAAGCAGCAGAAGGGCAACCAUUUCGCCUCAAUCUUAUGCAAGCCUUCGCAGAUCUCUUCGACGACCCCGACAAGAACCUUCCAGCUCUGCUCCGAGUUGGGGUCCACACAGGGGUUUUCGAAGCAAUAGAGCCUUCGGGACUCUGGCCCCUAGCCAAGAUCCAGCCACUAGCUUCAUCGGGAUUGGAAGUUUGCGAAGGGAACUGGAAGCCAGCAGAAGCCGACCCUGAUACAGUCCGCAGCCUUCUGGCAGAAGAAGAAGCAGCCGGAUGGAUACAACCGGUCCUCCGAGCCCACGUGGUGCCGUUGUACAGCGUCUUGAACAGCCCGCCGGGCAGCAAUUGCUCCAUAUCGCCUCGCAUGUGGCCAGCCUUCCUUUACAGCCUUGACUCCAGAGCCGUGAUCUGCAGGUUGAUACCCGGUGUCAACCUGCCCCUCAAGGCCCGCAUUAUUGAAGUCGGCAGCCGACCUGUUCAUUGCAAAGCUGAUCUGCCGCCGCAGCCAAAAUCCUCCGGACCGACUUGGGUACGCAUUUCGGACCCUACCUGCCCUGAGAUCAAGCUCACCAACACAGCCCACGACAGCCUCCGAUGGCUCCUUCCCAGAAUUGAAGCCAUCCCCACAACAAGCCUGUCCCUCCCUCCGCUUGUCUCAUGCCUGGCCAGAGCCGACGCCAUGGCGGAGGGGGACAGAAUCGGGAUAGGAGGCUGGAUAACUACGAAGCAAAGCAUGGCUUGGUUUGCUGAAGCCUGGACAAUGGCAGAGGUCCGCCUUAUCUGGCCUUUCCUGACCAAGGAUGCACAGAAGUACAUCGCGUGCUUCGAACCUGAAAUCUAG